AUGCGGAUGAACCCCCUCCCCCGCCUUCUGUUUAUAGACAAAGCCACAACCGGCUUCAUCGGCAUCGUUGAGCGGAGCCGGUCCCAACCAGUGACGUCUGACGCGGCCCUCUGCGGAGCUAGAGCAAGCCCGCCCGCUUUUGCGCGGUGCCGCCACAUCCCGGCGCCGCAUCGGCUGCGCGCCAUCAACCCAGCUUGCGAGCCCCCUGAUUCGCCUCGGUCCUGCCAAGCUUUUUGGUUUCUUUUGCUUUUCUUUAAGCUUUAUUCGUCACGUUCCGAUAAUGUCGUCGUGGCUUCGAAACUUGGGACGAUUUCACUGAAGCGAGAAUCCAAGGAACCCCAGUUGAGAAAGCAGCUCGCAUACGCCGCUCUUCCUCUUCAGGACAGCUUGCGGGCGUCGUCAUCGACGUCAGGGGACCUGAAAAGCGCCACACAUGGCGGGGUCCAGGAAUGGGCAAAAGCUACCCUUUCCUGGAGCUGA